CAGGUUCUGGGGGUUGCUGUUUCUUCUACACUUGGGCGUCAGUAGGCCGUCCAAGUCAGUAUAUAUGUGUGUCCCGUGGAGAUAGAAUUAUAGGCGGGGUCGUGGUAAGCGUGGUACAUGACACCGGAGCUCGCUUAUCAUGAUAGAAGAAGUGGAAGUGCCUGGUUGCUCACGCCGAUACUCCUCAGCGUCCUUGUUAUCUGCCUUGCUAGCCACUUCCCCCAUCUUGCCCAGCACAAUUCUAAACCCGAGUGAAAAACAGCCCAGUUUUUUGUUCCGAUAUCCGAUGUCCAAUGCCCCUUUCGCUCGCAGUUUUUGGCAUGAUUCCGAGACUUCACGCUGUCUUCCUAGCGACGUUAUCCCGCCUUUCUGUGCUAUUGGUGAGUUUUAUAGCCCAGCCAAAUGUGGGAAGUUAGUGUACGAUUCCGCCAUGGCUCCAUGUCCAACAUGGGAAAUGGAUAAGAUGUACUGCAGACCUCGUAUCAGAAAAAAGCGUCGUGUCCUACUCCAGUACUCAACCGGGAGCUGGGAUUGUCGGGUUUUCCCGAUGCACUUUGUCGAUAUUACAAGACUUGCGUGCUAUAGGCGAGCUUUAUAGCCUAGUUAACCAUAAAAGGCUAUUGCAAGAUUCCGUCAUAGCAGUCGCACGCCGGCCUGGCAGACGGACAAGACGAGUUGCUGUACGGGCUCGCGAGUAAGUAUCUAGUAUGUCACGGUUUUAAACUUAAUUUCCGUGGACCUGGUCGCUGGUCGCUUUUGGGUUUGCAGGUGGAGAAGGUAGGCUAAUAGCGCUUCAACGUCCUCGAGUUUUCACCGUCCCAUAGCUUUCU